UCUCAAUGAACAGCCGACCACUGAGGACAAACGCGGACGUGCCUCUAUCUUUUUCCCCUUCUUCUUUUGUUCUUCUUUCAUCAAGUUUUAUGAGUCCCUAUUAGACUUUGCGACGCCACUGGUUACGCGCUUCCUCUGUUUUUCGCUUGCCUUGGCCCUCGACCCUCGAUCAUCAACGAUCUCUUCUCUCUCGAGGGACAAGGCAGAGACCCCGCAAUCUUUGAGUCUUGGAACUCAAUAGGCUCGGAGAUCCAAAGAAGAUAUUUUCCCAGACCCUAAUGCGAGAUGCGCAACGAUCGGGGAGCUUCGUCCAUCACCGUCGCAGUUCGCGUGCGACCCUUUACCAUUCGCGAGGCUGCACAGAUAACGCGCAACGACGAUGGCAACAUCUUCCUGGGUGACGGCUCCCUCGCUGCUGUCCCGACACCCAAGCUGAAUACCCGCGGUCUUCGGCCUGUAAUCAAAGUCGUCGAUGACAGAUGCCUCGUGUUCGACCCUCCCGAAGACAACCCCGUCCACAGAUUCUCCCGCUCCGUCGUCCCCAACGGCAAAAAAGUAAAAGACCAAGUCUUUGCCUUUGACCGAAUCUUCGACGAAAACGCCACGCAAAACGACGUGUACGAGGCGACGACCAAGAACCUCCUCGAUAGCAUCCUCGACGGUUACAACGCCACCGUCUUCGCCUACGGCGCCACCGGCUGCGGCAAAACCCACACCAUCACCGGCUCGGCCCAGCAGCCGGGCAUCAUCUUCCUCACCAUGCAGGAGCUCUUCGAGAAGAUCGACGAACGCAGCCAGGACAAGAUCACCGAGGUCACCCUCUCCUACCUCGAGAUCUACAACGAGACCAUCCGCGACCUCCUCGUGCCCGGCGGCGGCGGCGGCAAGCAGGGGCAGGGGCUGAUGCUCCGCGAAGACUCCAACCAGGCCGUCUCGGUCGCCGGCCUGACGAGCCACCGGCCCCGGGACGUGCAGGAGGUCAUGGACAUGAUCGUCCAGGGCAACGCGUACCGCACCGUGUCGCCCACCGAGGCCAACGCCGUCUCGUCCCGGUCGCACGCCGUGCUGCAGAUCAACGUGGCGCAGCGGGACCGCAACGCCGACGUCCACGAGCCGCACACCGUGGCCACCCUCAGCAUCAUCGACCUCGCCGGCAGCGAGCGCGCCAGCGCCACCAAGAACCGCGGCGACCGGCUCCUCGAGGGCGCCAACAUCAACAAGUCGCUGCUGGCCCUCGGCAGCUGCAUCAACGCGCUCUGCGACCCGCGCAAGCGCAACCACGUGCCGUACCGCAACAGCAAGCUCACGCGCCUGCUCAAGUUCUCGCUGGGCGGGAACUGCAAGACCGUCAUGAUCGUCUGCGUGAGCCCGUCGAGCGCCCACUUUGACGAGACCCAGAACACGCUCCGCUACGCGAACCGCGCCAAGAACAUCCAGACCAAGGUCACGCGCAACGUCUUCAACGUCAACCGCCACGUCAAGGACUACCUGGUCAAGAUCGACGAGCAGAUGGCCCUCAUCAACGAGCUCCGGGCGCAGCAGAAGGACGCCGAGACCCUGUCGUUCGCCAAGUUCCGCAAGCUGCAGGAGAGGCGCGAGGCCGUGGCCCGCGAGGGCAUCCAGAGGAUCCGCGCCGCGCACGACAACGCCGCCGCCGAGCGCCGGGAGAAGAUGGCCAGCAUGAAGAGGCUGCGGGGGCUCGAGCGCCGCAUCGGGCUGCUGUCUGCGUGGGUCGCCUCCUUUGACGCCAUUUGCGAUGCCAGGGGGGGUGGUAGUGGUGGUGGUGGUGCUCACGACGCCGCCGCCGCCGCCAUGCCGCAGAACCUCGUCGCCAUGCGCAAGACGGCCCACGGCGUCCUGGCCGAGCUGGAGAACAGCCGCCACCACAUCCGCCAGCGCCUGGACAAGUUCAACUGGGAACGCGCCCUCGACACGGCCCUCCAUCACAGCAUCCAGCAGCUGCAGGGCCCGGACGGCGAAACCGAAACCGGGCCCGGGACCGGGACCGGGACCGACUGCGUCGAGACGGCCAACCUGGCGCGCGAAGUCGAGGUGCUCAAGGCGAGCUUCGCCAGGGAGGCCUACCGGGAGGUGCUCGAGUCGGACAAGGCGGGCGACGCGGCGGCCGUGCAGGUGCUCCUGACGGCGCAGUUCGACAUGCUGGCCUCGCUGGCCGAGACGCUGGAGAUGAACGAGGAGGACGCGGUGGCGCACGCCAAGCGCAUCAUCCACCGGCUCCUCGAGACGGGGGCUUCGGCGGCGUCGCAGGUGGUCAAGCCGGAUGGGUCGAUGGCGGUGCCGGCGGCGGAAAAGUUCUCGCCUCGCAGGCGGGGGACGCCCAAGAGGAAGAAGAUGACGAUGAUGACGAUGGGGCCUGGCGGUGCCGCUGUGCAGCCCAUCCCUGCCCCGGCGGGCCUGAUGUCCAUGCCGACCACGACGACGACGGUCCUCCCGAGCUUGUCGUCGCAACCCGUGUUCGCGGCGGCAGCAUCCCCGUUGAAGGGCACCCCGCGACGACGAAAGCCGCUGCAUGCUCGUAAGGGGGUUUCGGUGUCCUUCUCGCCGGCGAAGAAGAGGUCGCCGGCGAAACGCAGCGUGCGGUGGCGGGACGACGAGACGGAGGAAGGGACGCUGGCCGACUAUGAAAAGACGCCCAAGAUGUACGAUUCCACGCCGGAGCAGCAGCGGGGGCUGGUGGUCGGGGCGAAGCGGCCGUCUGCGCUUCCCGUUUCGCCGCUGGCGUCUUUUGCGCAGAGAGAUGAGCCAGAGGAACAGGAGGAGAUGCAGCAAGAGACGGAGUCGAUGGUCAGGGGACAGGAAACCAUGACGGCUACGGUGGCAACCGCACCUAUCACCCAUUCCAACUCUAGCCCGUCGAUCGAGCUUCCCGAGACGACUACCGUUCAGCCGGCGAAACCUAACAGGUUCCAGGCAGGAUUCCUCAGCAAGGGCGCGCGACCGUCCAUGUCCAUGCAAAACAGUGGCGGUGGCUCGCCUAACCCGUCGCCUCCGCCUUUCUUCUCCCUGCGCCUCGGAUCCUCCACAUCGUCACCCUCUUCGUCACCCUCCUCGCCCUACAACAACAACAACAACAACAACAACAACAACAACAACAACAACGACGGCAGCGAAGAAGACCGGCUCGCGCCGCUUAGGUCGCUGGACGUGUCCCGGUCUUCCAACCUGUCGGUAGCGUCUCACGGGUCCAGGAUCGCGCGCCUCAGCCCACCACCGCCGCGCCCUUCGCUCCCCCCCUCCAGCGGCGGCGUCCCGGACGAGAACAACCCACCACCGCCGCCGACAGCAUCAUCGUGGACCUCUUCCUUGCUAUCGGGCCACUCGUUCUCGUCCGACUCGGAUCAUCCCACCCCGACCAUCGACGCCCAGAAACUGCGGUCCGCGCUGCACUCGGUCAAGAAAGCCGGCGGCGGCGCGCGCAGGGUGUCCUCCCUGUCCAUGUCCAUGUCGGUUUCCGGCUCGGGAGGCGGAGCGGCCUCGUCGUCGUUGUCGUCGUCGUCGUUGUCGUCGUCGUCGUCGUCGCACGGGAGACAACGCGUCUCCUCGGCCGGGCUCGACAAGAUGGGCCACCGCCGCGCGUCGGCUAGUUUCUCGGGGUCGCUGUCGGGCGGUUCUUCCAACGGCAUCUCGCGGCAUCAUAGGAGGAUGAGCGCCGAGAGGCGGAGGUCGCCGCCUAUUGCGUGCUCGCCUCCAGAGUUUCAGUUUCGGGGCGGGUUCACGACGGGCCAGGCGAGGCGGAUGAAUUUCGGGGCGGGGAGUGUGAGGGCGUCGAAUGCUGGGGCUCUUUCGCAUGCUGCUGGUGGUGGUGCUGGUGCUGGUGCUGGUGCUGCUCCUACCACAUCUGCUGCCGCUGCUGCGACUACCACCGAGGGGGACAGUCCCGAGGCGAGGGCACUGAGCGGCGAGGCCAGGAAUAGACGUGUCACUAUUGGUGGGAUGGCUACCAUGGCCGGUCCGGCUACACGGGGCAAGGAGGGUGCUGUCCGGGCUAGUGUUGGAUGGCGGUGAUGUUUUUCUUUACGUUUGUCUAUCAUUCAUCUGGGGGGCGGCGUUCUUUGCAUCUUCGUCCUUUCGUCUUGUUCACAUGGAGUUCUACGGCUUUUGGGUGUCUGUCCUCCCUCCCAUGUGGCGUUUGGAGGGAAUCAUCCUAGAUACACCCUUGGUAUGCACGUCGUGUCUUUGGCAGGGCCGUCGUUGACUUGACCUUGGCCCCUUUGGUGGUGUACUAUUAGGCUAUUUCUUUUUCUUUUUCUUCUUCUUCGUUUUCUCCCAUCCGUCCGCAUAAUGAGAUGAUGCCAAUAUCUGAUAUAUCCCUUUGGCGUCGCGGCUGCUGCUGUGUUUCUCUCCUGACUCCUGACUGUACUAGAAUCCUCUUGCCUCUAUUAUAAUUCCCUCGAAGAAGGUAUUAUAAGAGGACCUGACAGCACAUGCACCAAACUCGCAGAAACUGAUAGGUAAUGUA